UAAAUAUUAACACUUCUUGACUUCAGUGCCUGGGAUGUAUCCAAGAAGGUUUUUUGCAUAUUGAUUAAAUUCAGGAAAUUUAUAAAGGUUUUUGCAUCGUCUUCAAAUAUUGACCACAAGCAAAGUCGAUGGGAAUAUAGCAAGAGAAUUGUUUCUAUUGAGUAAACGACACAAAGAGGUAAAAAAAAUGGAGGCAGGACUGAUUUUAUGUGAAGAUAUGUUAAAAGAGAUUGAAAAAUCAUCCAACCAGUGCGAUAUAUGUAAUAAGACAUUUUCUCAAAAAGGGAACCUUGUUAAACAUCGACGUAUUCAUACAGGUGAGAGACCGUAUCACUGUGACGUCUGCAGUAAGUCGUUCUCGGGCAGUAGUGACUUAAGCAAGCACAAACACGUUCAUACAGGAGAGAAGCCAUAUCACUGUGAUAUUUGCGGUAAAUCAUACUCUCAGAAAGGCAACCUAACCACGCAUAAGCGUAUUCAUACAGGAGAGAGACCAUACUGUUGUGAUGUCUGUGGGAAAUCUUUCACUCAGAGUGGGAAGCUGGCCACUCACAAAUUCAGUCAUACGGGAGAGAAGCCAUAUCACUGUGAUAUGUGUGGUAAAUCUUUUGCUCAAGUGAACAGCCUAACUAAGCAUAAAUAUAUUCAUACAGGACAGAAGCCAUAUCAUUGUGAUAUUUGCGGUAAGUCAUUUUCCCGAAAUGACGAAGUGACUAUUCAUAAACGCGUCCAUACAGGCGAAAAGCCAUUUCGCUGUGCUGUCUGUGGUAAAUUAUUCUCUGGAAGUAGUAACCUGACUAAACAUAAGCGUAUUCAUACGGGGGAGAAGCCAUAUCAUUGUGAUGUCUGUGGUAAAUUUUUUUCUCAGUGUAGCGAUCUAAGUACACAUAAACGUAUUCAUACAGGGGAAAAACCAUAUCACUGUAACAUCUGUGAUAAAUCAUUCUCCGGAAGUAGUAACCUAAGCAGACACAUACGUAUUCAUACAGGAGAAAGGCCGUAUCACUGUGAUAUCUGUGAUAAAUCUUUCUCUGAAAAUGGAGCUUUAACUAAACACAAGCGUAUUCAUAUCGGAGAAAAGCCAUACAGUUGUGAUAUCUGCGAUAAAUCCUUCUCUCGUAGUAGUGACUUAACCAAACACAAGCGUAUCCAUACAGGGGACAAACCGUAUCAGUGUGAGGUUUGCGAUAAAUCUUUCUCUGAAAAUGGAGCGUUGACCAAACACAAGCGUAUUCAUAUAGGAGACAAACCAUACAGUUGUGAUAUCUGUAGUAAGUCUUUCUCUCAGAGUAGCAACCUGACCAUACACAAAUACAUUCACACGGGAGAAAAACCAUAUCACUGUGAUAUCUGUGAUAAAUCCUUUUCUCAGAAGCGGAACUUAGCUACACAUGUACGUAUCCAUACAGAAGAAUUAAGAAACUUAAAAAUUGAUUCUUAUUUUCUUGAAGAGAUGUCAAAGGAGACUGAAGAAUCAUCAUACCAUCCUGGUAUCCCUAAAAAAUCAUUUUCUCUGAAAAUUAAAGACAAAUAUGUUAACAGAGGCAAGAAGCUAUAUUAUUGUGAUAUCUGUGAUAAAUACUUCUCUGUAAAUAGUCACUUAGCUGUACACAAACGCAUUCACACAAGAGAGAGGCCUCAUCGCUGUGGUGUUUGUAGGAAAUCAUUCUCUCAAAUAAAUAUUUUACUCACUCACAAAAGAAUUCAUACAGGAGAAAAACCUUAUCAGUGUGACAACUGUGGUAAGGCUUUCUCUCUUCGUGGUACCUUAACUAAACACAAGCAUAUACAUUCUGGAGACAAAUCAUAUUCCUGCGAUAUCUGUGGUAAAUCGUUCUUUCAGAUAAGCAACUUAUCUACACACAAAUUUACUCAUACAGGAGAGAAGCCAUAUCACUGUGAUAUCUGUGGUAAAUCAUUCACUACAAGUAGUAACUUGGGUAAACACAAGUAUAUUCAUACAGGAGAGAAGCCAUAUCAUUGUGACGUCUGUGGUAAAUCGUUCUAUCAAACUGGAGAUUUAACUAAACAUGUGCGUAUUCAUACAGGGGAGAAACCAUAUCGGUGUGAUAUCUGUGGUAAAUCUUUCUCUCUAACCGGUAAUUUAGCUAAACAUGUAAGCAUUCAUAUAGGUGAGCCUCCAUAUCAGUGUGAUAUCUGUGGUAAAUCAUUCUCUAAGAGCAGUGCUUUAAUGAGACACAAGCUUUCUCAUAGUGGACAGGAACCAUAUCAAUGUAAUGUCUGUGGUAAAUCCUUUUCUGGAAGCAGUAGCUUGAUUAGACACAGACGUACUCAUACAGGAGAGAAACCGUACCGCUGUGAUAUCUGUGGUAAAUCAUUCUCUAGAAGCAAUCACUUAACCUCACACAAAUAUAUUCAUACAGGAGAGAAGCCUUAUCACUGCGACAUCUGUGGUAAGUCUUUCUCUGUAAGCGGUUACUUAACUGUACACAAACGCAUUCAUACAGGAGAGAAGCCGUAUCACUGUGAUAUGUGUGGCAAGUCGUUCUCCACGAGUAGCGAUUUCAUGAGACACAAACGUAUUCACAGAGGAGAGAAACCCCAUCAGUGUGAUAUCUGCGGGAAGUCCUUUUCCGAAACUGGGCAUGUAACCAAACACAAACGUAUCCACACAGGAGAAAAACCCUAUCACUGUGAAGUGUGUGGUAAAUACUUUACUGAAGUCAGUCACUUAACUAGACAUAAACGCACUCAUACAGGAGAAAAACCAUAUCAGUGUGAUAUCUGUGGUAAAUCAUUCUCUAGAAAGGAGGGUCUCACUAAUCAUAAACAUAAUCAUACAGGUGAAAAGCCAUAUCACUGUGAUAUCUGUGGUAAAUCAUUCUGUUACAGAGGCAACUUAACUGCACACAAGCGUUCCCAUACAGGAGAGAAGCCAUAUUACUGUGAUAUCUGCGGUAAAUCAUUCUCCAAAAGAAAUGUCUUAACUAGUCACAAACGUAUUCAUACAGGACAUAAGCCAUAUCAUUGUGAUAUCUGUGGUAAAUCAUUCUUUCGAAAAUCUAGCUUAACUGAACACAAAUAUAUUCAUACAGGAGACAAGCCAUACCAUUGCAAUAUCUGUGGUAAAUUAUUCUCCAAUGGAAGUAACCUAAUUCAACAUAAGCGUAUUCAUACAGGGAUGAUACCCUAUCGCUGUGAUAUCUGUGGUAAAUCAUUUUCCAAAGGAAUUGACUUAACUAGUCACAAAUAUAUUCAUACAGGAGAGAAACCAUAUCGCUGUGAUAUCUGUGAUAAAUCGUUCUGCAGUGGAAGAAACUUAACUGUUCACAUGCAUAUUCAUGCAGGAAAUAUUUCCUAUCACUGUCACAUCUGUGGUAAAUCUUUCUCUCAUAGAAGCACCUUAGCUAAACACAAACGUAUCCAU